CGUCAGUGGAAGUGGCCGCUUGCCCAAUUAGACACUCGCGGGGGGCUCGGCGGCAGCCAAUGUCCGCCGGCUGCACGGCUCCCGACAAUCAGGAUAAACACGCGAGCAUCAUCAUCAUCCUCCUCCUCAUCAUCAUCAUUGCGCACUCACAUCGUGCUUUUUGUCCCAUUGUCUGAGAGACGCCACGCACACUCGAGCAUAAGACAAAAUGGGGAAGGAUCCAAAGAAGCCCCGGGGCAAAAUGUCCUCCUACGCCUACUUUGUGCAAACAUGCCGAGGGGAGCACAAGAAGAAGCAUCCCGACGCCAGCGUCAACUUCGCAGAGUUCUCCAAGAAAUGCUCCGAGCGAUGGAAGACAAUGUCCCAAAAGGAGAAGGGCAAAUUCGAAGACAUGGCCAAGCAGGACAAGGUGCGCUACGAUGCAGAGAUGAAGAACUACAUCCCUCCCAAGGGACAGAAGAUGAAGCGGAUCAAGGACCCAAACGCCCCGAAGAGACCACCGUCUGCGUUCUUCCUGUUCUGCGCCGACUUCCGCCCCAAGGUGAAAGGCGAGCACCCGGGCCUGUCCAUCGGCGACAUGGCCAAGAAGCUCGGCGAGAUGUGGAACAGCUCGUCCAUGGAGGACAAGCAGCCCUACGAGAAGAAGGCCGCUAAACUGAAGGAGAAGUACGACAAGGAUAUCGUGGCCUAUCGCACAAAGGGCAAAGUGGAUUCCAGCUCGGCGGCGGCGGCCGCAGCAGCGGACGAUGAUGAGGAUGAAGAUGAGGAAGAGGAGGGCGACGACGACGAAGAUGACGAUGAGGAUGAUGAGUAGGGAGGGAGGAAGAAAGUGGGGGAGGGACCUGAAUUUUGUCGAUGCCAUAUAACCAACCACAAUGUACUCAAGCCACCAUGUUGACGUCCAGAUGGAACAUGUGUAUAUUUAAUGUUUUUAUGAUGUACUGUACAGUGUUAAAAAAAAAAAAGAAAAGGAAAAAAAAAACCACCACAUAUCUUCCCUUUUGGGGACUUGUGCUUGUGUUUUCUCCCCUGCCAGCAGGACAGUACGAAGUCUCUAUAGGUGUUCUCUUGCUCGGAAAUGAGAUUUCCUCGUUUUUGAUUGUAUCGUAUUGUUUUUAUUUCGAAAAGUCUUCUUUUCCACGUGCCAUCCUCCUUGUAAUUUUUAUUUUAUAUGAAUACCACUCUAAUAUCAACAAAGUCCAGCUGUUGACAUUCAAGAAUGUCCUCACGUAAAAUAAAUGUUUUUCUGUU